GGGUUUCGUUUUUCAGUCGACAACAUUUGAUGACUAAAUAAUUCAAAAGUGCAUUAUUGCGCGGAGCAAUUUGAAAAUCAUCGCCAAUAUUAAAAACAUUUUAUCGAAUAACUUAAGAUAUACCUCUUGACAUGACCUUUUUACGAAAUUAUAACCCGUGCUUGAUGAGAAAAUAAAAGAGAAUACACUUUUUUUUAUAAGAACUUUUUUAUAAGAACGUCCAGCCUGAGAUUUCAACAAAUGUUAAGAACAUACUAAGAACACGCCGAGGCUCAGAUGAGAGGAAAAAUUGUUUUGUUAGUUGCGUUCUAAAAUGCAGAAUCAAAUUGUGUUUAUAAGAACCUGAGAUAUUAUUGCUAUUGAUCAUUUGUGUAAUUCUCUUCCUAAUAAUUCAUUGGGUAUUAUAUUCAUAUGCACUAGUCUUAAAAUGUCCCAAAAAUAAGACCCAGGCUAAAAUGAAAAUUAGACGUUCUUAUUUAAAAUAGGUGUGUAUCUCUACAUCUGGAAUUGUCGCUAGGUACGGCUCGAGAACCAUUCAAAUAACCAUUAAAAAUAAGCGUUUUUUUUUUUUGCUUUGUUGAGAUAACUCAUAAUAACUCGGCUACCAUGGAAUCCUGGCUAAACAUUCCAACUUAAGAAAGAGUUUUGCGACAGCUGUUUUCGGUAUGCUAAUCAUUUUGAAGCGUUGCUCCGGUCACUAACCCUCACUCCUUGCGCAAAACGGCAUCUUUGUGAGCUUCCCUGAAGAGCAAUAAUCUUCAACCAUGACAAAGUGAAGAAGUAUUCGCUUAGUUUGGUGUAAGUUACCGGAAUACUACUUAAAAGACGGUCGAAACACACAUUUCUCGCCUUAGAAUUUAUAGUUGUAAUCUAAUAAACGAAGAUAAGCAAAGCGACAUUACAUUUCGUCCGAAGAUUGUAAAAAUUGUUAACAACAAGACGUCUAAAUGCUCUCGGAUCUGUCACUGGACUCAUACAAUCAAGUGAAAUGCCAGUCAGCAAUGCCGAACCUGAAGCAGCCGCUGAAAUGAAGGCACAUUUUCUAGAAACAUCUAAUGCCCCAGCACUGCUUGCUGGCAAAUACACCUGUCUCGGGUUCCCUGUGGCCGGUUCUGGUAACCUGGCCUAGUUUACCAGCGUCCCACAUGUGUGCAGAAGAAGAUCAGUCGACAAAGCAACGUAUGCGCGCUGAAUCCAAGCACUUUCUGCGCAUGCACUUACUUGAUAUGCCUAAGCCGUGGCAAAAGUUGAAGCUGGCCUUUGACAGGGAGUUAUUCCGGUCAUCUAGUGGAAUCAUGAAGCUCGCACAGUUGGCAUCCCUUAUAGCGGCCGUGUCCGGCUUGCUGCACUACCACCAGCUAGUGCCCGACACAACCCGAACAUCAAGAGCCUUUUUGGUCAGCAGUAUUUGUCUGUGUCUGAUGACAUGCGCACUGCUCCUAGUGCUGUUGUUUAGUUGUCAUCAACAGAUGGUCAAGUGUGCUAAAAAAUGGAAUAUGACGAUGUGUGUCCAUUCUGCCGCAGCCACUUGUUUGAUGCUUGUAUUAUCAUCAUUGCUGGCGGUGCAAGCAGCGGACUUACAAAGCGCUUAUAGCAGCGCCACAACAAGUGGCGAGAAAUGCGUCAAGUGUAGCAAGCUAAACAUAGCGGCGGUAUUUGGCUUUGUUGCUACAAUAUUCUAUCUGAUCGACUUUAUCCAGUAUAUACGGCAGUGGAGCUCGUCAAAACGUUCGAGUCAGCUCACCAAAGUUCAGCCGUUUGAGGGUUCCUCCCGAGCGAAAUCCCCUGCGAAUAAACCCGUGGAUGGAGUCUAAAAGUAAACUUAAUAGUUUUAUCAAAAACGCUGCAAUGCCCUGGGCAAUAAAUACCCUCUAAUGAUGCAUGGAUGAUCUGAGAUCGCUGGCGAUCGCACACGCUUUUAAAAUGUCUUGCCCAAGAAGAUACAAAGAAGAACACAGGGCGUAAACCACAGGUAGUCCAAGCUGCCAAAGUAUUCCAGUCAAGGAGACGGGUAAAUAUCACAAGUUCUUAUUAUUAAUACGGAAAACGGACCAAACAGGCAUAAACCCGAAGUAACUUCAAGGCCAGCAGAAGUGAGGACUUUUCCGCACAGGGAUUAUGAUAAUGUAAUAUAAAUAAAACUGAAACGACAAAUAUAUGGCUGGUAUAAACGAAUUAUAUUGGUGAACAAUGGAAGCAACACAAAAACACUAAUGAACCUUAUAUGUACAAAGAAAGCGUCGAUUGUAAAAUACUUUAAAAAUGUGCGGAUACAAUGUGGGGGUACAAGUGGCUGCGGUACUGGUCAGCGGUAGGUAUCCAUAAAGCAAUAUGGCGGCGGUGUGGCAACAAAAUCAAAUUUUGAAACAGCCACUUAAAGUCACCAACUUUAAAAUAACAAACUUUUUCAAAAGCUUUUGAAACAGACUUCUCAUACUGUAUUGUUUAAUAAAAAGCGUGUAAAAUUU